UAAUCAUACUUUAAAAUAUGUUUUAACUGCAGAAGAUGCUGGUAAAAAAGGUGUUCGGAAAACAUUACAAGCUAGAACCUUGGAAUAUAUUUCACAGAUUCGUGACUUUUACAUGGCACCAGUUGUUCGUUUUGUGUAUAAUACUAUUUCAUACAUCACAUUUCUCAUCUUAUUCAGUUAUUUAUUAUUAGUUGAUUUUCGAAUCAAUAUCACAGUUGUUGAAUAUGUUGUUAUUGCUUGGGUAAUUACAUUAUUUAUAGAAGAAAUUAAACAGAUUGCAUGGGCUGUAUUAUCUGGUAUCAGUUUUAGAACUUAUAUAUCUGAUGGAUGGAAUAAAUUAGAUUGUGCUGGUUUAGCAUUAUAUAUUGUUGGUUUUAUAUUAAGAUUAAUUGUAUUAUUACGAUUACGUAAUCAUGAAGGAGAGAAUUUUAAUAUACAAUAUGAACGUUAUUAUAUUGUGACAGAUCCGAUAUUAGAUCCAUCACGUAUAUGUCUUGCAAUUAGUUUAUUCACAUUCUAUAUACGUUUAAUGUAUACAUUUAGUUUUCAUAUUGCAUUAGGACCAAAAUUAAUUAUGAUUGGUAAAAUGGUGACCAAUGAUUUAAUUCCAUUUAUGAUUAUUUUAACUGUGAUUAUGGUUGGUUAUGCAGUGGCUGCACAAUCAAUCGCCUAUCCAAAUGGUUUAUUUACCAAAGAGAAUAUGACAUUAAAUUCUGAAAUUAAACAUAUGACAUUUGCUGAUAUUAUAUUUUCAAUGUAUACAACUGCAUAUUUUCAAAUGUUUGGUGAUUUUAGUUUAGAUGCAUUACAAGGAGAAGGUAAGUUGAAUUGUUUGAUAUCAAAUCAUACUAUUAUUAGUAUGAAUAAUUGGUUUGUUAUGUAUUAG